GGUGUAGAAAUAGACCAGUAGAUCCUCCCCGUGAUAAAUUCAAUACGGGAUACAACCAAGGAUUUGGUGACCACAAUCCUGCCAUGGCGGGUCGUGUGCCCAGUAACUUCCCAGUACUUGAUGGCCCAUCAACUCCAGGACCUUUUGCUACUGCUCUGCCUCGAAAUGAAGGAACCAUUCCUGGUAUUGGAGUUGCAAUGCCAUUAUCUAUUGACACAUCUGAUCAAGGAGAGCAACAACAGCAAUCUUUUCCAGUUUCUAUGCCUGGCGGGGCUCCUCCCCUUCCACCAGGUCCACAUCCAUCUCUUCUUGCCCCAGCUCAAUCUUAUCAGCAAUUUUCUCAUCAUAUGCCACCCCAACAACAACAACAACAUCAACCAUACCAACAGCAAAUGCCUUCUUUACAAGUCCCACCCUCAAAUAUAUCGCAGAUGCAACCACCACCAUCUCAUUUGUCCCUCCUACCACAUUCUCAUUUGUCUCGCCCUCCCCCAAUGGCAGGUUCUUUGCCCAUGCCCUCGUUGUCUAACUCACCACAAUUGCCACCAACGCCUGGUCAACUGGGAAUGCAAGGUCCGACCAAUCAGAUGGUCCCUCCAAUGCCACAAGGACAUAUGACGGGUAUGAAUCAAAUGCAUUCAGGAUCUGUACCAGCUAAUGCUCUACAGCAACCUCCACGCGGGUGGUUAUGCAAAUGGGAUACCUAA